AAAUCAGAUGUUGUGAAGAUGUUCAGUGCUCUGAUGGGCUGCAUUGAGAGAAGCCAGGCUGAGCUGCUUAAGGUGAUGGAGGUGAAGCACAAAGCAGCAGAGAGGCAGGCUGAAUAGAUCAUUGAAGAUCUGGAGCAGGAACUCAGUGAGCUAAAGAGGAGAAACACUGAUCUGGAGCAGCUCUUACACUCCGAGGAUCACCUCCACCUCCUACUGAUUUACCCGUCACUGUGCAGCUCUCCACACACCCAGGACUGGACUUCCAUCACAAUUACCUCUCAUCUGAGUGUGGAGACUCUGAGGAGAGCUCUGGCUCAGCUUCAGGAGACUCUCAGUCAGGAAAUGAAGAAGGUUGAUGAAACUGAACUGAAGAGAAUUCAACAAUAUGCAGUGGAUGUGACUCUGGAUCCUAAAACAACGAGUCCUUAUCUCGUCCUGUCUGAUGAUGGAAAACAUGUUAACCAUGUAGACAAAAGUCAGAAUCUCCCUGAUACUCCAGAGAGUUUUAAUAAAUAUUGCAUUGUUCUGGGAAAGGAGGGAUUCUCCUCAGGGAGAUUUUACUAUGAGGUGCAGGUCAAAGGAAAGACUGAGUGAAAUUUAUGAGUCGCCAAAGAAUCGAUUAACAGGGAAGGACAGAUUAAAGUCAGACCUAAAGAUGGAUACUGGUGUGUGGUUCUGAGGAAUAAGUCUAAAUACAAGGCUUGUGAUUCUCCCUCUGUCUCCCUCUCCUUGAAAGAGACUUCUCAGGAGGUGGGAGUGUUUGUGGAUUAUGAGGAGGGUCUGGUCUCCUUCUAUAAUGUUGAUGCAAAGUCUCAUAUCUACUCUUUCACUGCUCAGACUUUUACUGAGAAACUUUAUCCAUUAUUCAGCCCCAGUCUCAGUUAUGGAGGUAAAAAUUUAGCUCCACUGAUCAUCUGCCUUGUUCAUCAAAUCUAAUAAAGUGUAGAAAUCUAAAAUGGUUAGACUUUCCCUCCCUGUCCCUCCCCUUCUCCUUAAUGCUUCGAAUGGCCACCAGAGAGCGCCCUCUCACUUAAUUUCUCUAAUAAUUUUUUAGAUGUGAUUCCUGAUU